AUGGCUCAGCGACAGCUUUCGCGAACGCUCCCAAAGAACUUCACGUUCCCGUCGCUCAGUACCGAUGAGCCCAGGACCCCGGAACGCCCGUCAAGACACGUCGAAGUCCCACCACCGCCCCGCCAUUCUUUCUCCAGCUGUCGUCUGCCCCGAGUCCGUGUGCGAUCGGGGACUGACGUGUGCGAGCGGAUUGACCUCGACAUCUUCCGAUUCCAAGGAUCCCAGGGUACUCAAGAUGUGCCAUUACCUUCCAUCGAAGUUCCUCAGGCGAGCGCGAUCCUAGGGGGAUCAGUCCCAGACGAAUCAGUCAACGAUGAUCGCUUCCUCGCACCCCCUCGCCAGCGCAUGGCCUUCAAGACUCCCCCGGCCCAGAUCCGAGGCACGCCAUUCGAUUCAUGCGACACGGAACAUCCAUGGCCUUCAUGGGACCAGACCCCAUUUGUAGGCAGCAUCACACGCCCUGAUUCUGCAUGCUCCAACCACUCUGACUCGUCAAUCGAGUCCAUCGAAACAUUUGCGUCGCGGCCCUCAGUAGGAGGAAGUUGUACGAGUAACGAGAGCGAUAUCUUUGAUCAUCAGUUCCCUUUGGAGUUCCCCAAAGAGGCCCCGAUGGAAUCCCCAACCCUGCCCAAGAGACUGAAGGUGCAGCGUCCCCAGGUCCUAAAGGACAAGUCUUGGACCCGCGACAUGGACAAUCACUUGUGGAACACGUACCAGCUGUACUUGCAAGAUCCCACAAUCACUCCAUUCAAGAUGACUCCGGGAAGUAUUCCGCCCCUGGGCGUUACGUCUCGAGUUGCGCGCCGUGCCAAGCGCACCUGGGAGAAGAAGAAACUCCGUUUCACCCAGACUCUUCCCACCCAACCUGAUAACCGCAGCGGCAGCUCCACUCCCAAGGCCUUGGAUUCCCCUGCCCAGCCUCUGUGGCCCAAAUCUGAUGCCAAGACCCGCGGGCGACUCAAGCUGCUAUGUCGACGCAAGUUCUGCAUCUCGCCUCACUAUCAGCGCAUGAUGCAAUCCCGCAGUCCGGAGCCAAUGGCAGACAUGCUCGGUGUCCCGUCUGAGCCGCACAUCCAUGCCUUUGCCGACAAAAGCUCUACUGCCUACACCACUCGCGAUCUGGGCGUCUCUCUGGCGUCCACCUAUGACCCGAGUCCGCUGACUCAACUUGCCGAGAUGUCAGUACCCGAUGAGUCGAAGGCGGACUGGUUCGGUAAACCGCUGCACACUUUCUCUGACACCCACGUGGCCGAGCCCUCGACUGUUCAGUUCCCGGCUCCCCACCUCCGUGUUGAGCCAUACAACAUUCCUCCCCGCCUGGGAUCACCGUUUGUGUACAGCACCUGGGGACCCGGAGGUUCGAACCGUCAAGUUCAAGAUAUUCCUCAGUCAGCACGCCGCGAGACCGUUCAUGUACCUGGUCGUCGUUUGCGUCGCAACACUCAUAUGGAUAGAACUCCACGAGACAGCGACGAUGUUUUCUCAAGUGAUGUAUAUGGCGAAAAGGAUCCCUCGGAGGAAGAAGUUCAGAACCGACUCGAGACUUACCUUCGCGACAACAAGUUUCAGAGCAUGGCACAUGGCCGAGUUCGCGUUCGUAAUCGCGGUGCGACAACCACCGGUGCCAUUGGACCGAAGGAUGUUAACCAGCUUUUUUCGCCGCCUUCAUCUCUCAACUCAUCUACAGCAGAGGAGACAACUCCCAAUCCCAAACCAUCCAAUCCUUUGCUGAGUCUCGGUGGUGAAAACAUUAAGCGGCUCGGUUCCCCCUUCAGGAUUGAAGGCGUGGUAAAGCGCCGCGACGGCCCAAGUCGAUUCAUUCGACAUGCGCCUUCACUUUCUGAUCCAUUCUCCAGCGGAGGCCUCCCAUCCUACGCUCAUCCCGCUAUUAACCCAUCUCAUAUCCAAGAACAAGUGAAGCCUGGCGUACCUACGCUGCAAGACCCCUUCGAGGAAGGUCUUUCGGAUGCCGAGCGCAUACGUCGACAAAUCCUUAACAUGCCUUCUAUGCGCAACUAA